UCUGUGCGGAUAUAUACAUACGCAUCAUCCCAUACCUUCAUCCAUCCAUCCAUCACUAACACGUCAAACGCCGCCAUGGGAGCCAGGAUGAGAGUGGCGCUGCUGUUUCUGGCAGUGACUGUUUGUGUGUCAAAUGCUCAGACCAACAACAGUCAGCAACAACAGCAGCAACAACAGCAGCAGCAGCAGCAGCAGCAGCAACGCAGCGUCUGGGAUGAGCCCAUCAGGUUCAGCACCAAGACCAAAGACACCUGUACCAUGGUGGUGUCCGGAGCAGGGGACUAUACUCGCCUGCGUGUCUCCUGCAAAGGUCCAAGUCAGGGUCAGAAUGCAGGACGCUCCUACUACUGCGACUUCCAGGGCAAACCCAACCUGUGCCGUGCUUACAACCUCAACCCUCGCCACUACUUCACCCAGAUGAUGUGGGACAUGAGGAAGCUCAGCCAGGCCUGCCAGGGACCCAAAAUCUACCGCCAAGCCAUGUGCAAGAAAUACCCCGACGAGGCCCAGAUGACCUUCCUGGCUGCCUGGCCCAAGACCACCACCCCCAAGCCCUCCAAGCCCGCCCAGGAGCCGCGUAAACCGGUGGUGCCAGCCCAGAGCAAACCCGUUGUUACUCCUAAACCUGUCAAGCCCCAGCAGCAGCCCGUCAAGCCCCAGCCAGGCAAGGGCACCCAGACCAAGAAAGCUACCCCCAAGCCUGGAAAGACCACUACUCGUCCCACAGAGCAGAGUGAGUCCAAAGCCUCCCGCAUGGCCUCCGAGUACUGCUGGAAGAGCUUCCACGGCGUCUGCACCUACUUCAUCAGCUGGUUCCAGAACUGAGGGGAUACUGCAGACACAGGUUGGAAACACCAGCGAUGGACCCAGUCAGAACACUUCUCGACCAUCUUCGACCUCUCCAGGAUCUGUGUGGGAGCCUCUGAAGUGAUUUCGUCGCCUUAUGAGGUCCGACUCCCACCACUGCAGCAUCUUACAGGCUGAGCCAAAAACACUCGAUCUCCACCUGUGUACGGUUAGGGGAUGACUGCUUGUGCUGUCAUGUAGUGUAUUUUUUGUUAAAUCUGUAAAACACACAACAAGACGAAAGGGAAAAUAUGGCAGGCAUGUGAUUCUGUUUGUAUAUGAUGUAAAAUUCCCUCCUUGUGUCACAUAAAU